AUGUUGCUUCACGCUGCUGGAGUCGUCGCUGUAAUUGCGUGCGGUCUGGCUGGGCCGGCUUUCGCCGCCGAGCCGGAUCCCGUGCUGGGCAAGGCCGUGUUCAACAACCCUGCGGGAUCAGAGACGGAGCAGUAUGCCAUCUUCCAGCAGCUCGCUAGGGUAAUUGAUCGCGUGCCCGCCGGCGAGUACCUAGAGCUGUCGUGGUUCGGCUUCGACACCCCCUACACAACCGACACCGCCAGCAAGCCCAACCUCCCCCAGCGCCUGGCAAGGGCCCACAAGCGAGGCGUCAACGUCCGCAUCGUCCUCGACAACAGCAAGCUCAAGAACUCCAAGGCGUAUCCAUACAAGACGCUGGCCCCCGUGCUCGGCACCAACGAUGCGGCCAAGUCCUUCAUCGUCCUGUGCCCGGAUAAGAAGGGCUGCAUUGCCAAGCGGAAAAUCUACGACGACAUGUACGCGUACAACCACAACAAGUUUCUCAUUGCGAGCCGAAUCGAGCUCGACAACGGCAAGAACGUCUCGAAUGUCGUCUUCCAGUCGUCUUCGAAUCUGGGGACCUGGGAUGCCGACACGGCGUGGAACAAUGCCGUCACAUGGAGCGAGACGGAAUCCUUCAACAACUACCACAGAUACUUUGGCGACUUGAAAGCAAACCACGAUGGCAAGGGAAACGACAACUACUACAGAGUGGGCAGCAGCUCUUCCACGUUCAAGACGCACUUCUUCCCCCGCAAGGAGACCAACGGCGACCUGAACCAGGCGUCCACCGACACCAUCGUCAGCGUGCUCGACUCCGUCAAGUGCUCGUACGUGGGGGCGGACAAGAAGAAGCACCAGACCGACGUGCGGGUCGUCAUGUGGGCGUUUACGCGCGUCGCCGUGGCCAAGAAGCUGGCCGCCCUGGCCCGCGACGGGUGCUGGGUCGACGUCGCGUACACCGAAAGCAAGGCCAACGUGUUGGCGGAACUCAAGAAGACGAGCGGCAAGAAGAUUGGCGUGACAAAGUGCGCCGUGGCCUUUAAGGGGCGCAACCUGCGUCCUCACUCCAAGUACAUGCUCAUCGAUGGGGCGUAUGACGGCGAUCUCGUCCCGCGAAUUUACAUGGGCUCGCACAACUACGCUGUCAGCGCUCUGCGGAACGCCGACGAGACUAUGGUCAGGGUGAAGAGCAGCUCUAUACAUGCGAGCUACCUACACAACUUUUACACUGUACGAGACGCCUGCAGUGGCAAGACGCCGCCUAAAUAG